UUGUUUUGGGCUCCAGUUCCCCACCAUUAGCUACAGGGUUGAUUCCAACUUAUCACGGAUCCAAACAGUGAUACAUAUAGACGCUGUAGUGAGAUUGCUAGGCUACAACAUGUAAUGAGGGCUACAUGAGGGGAGAUAAGCGUCUUCUGGGAGUACAGCUGUCACACCCGUGAGUUCUGUUGCUAUAGCAACGAGAAGCAACAUAAUCACAGGUUCCCAUUCCCAGAGUACAGUUUUCACAGUAUCUCAUAUAUUUCUAGGUGGGAAAUAGCUUAUUUCCUGACUAUAUGGCUGCUGGAGAAUCUUCCUGCAAUGAUUACACUAGAGGGGUAGCAGUAGUGCAAUGGAAUCCUUGGUUUUGAUCAAAUUCUCAGUUGGAACCUUCUCAAACUUCAUUGUCUGCAGACACUCCAUCAGUAUAAAGCCUGCUAUAGUGCCCUGAGUCAUUUAUACUGACAUUCAAUAUACAGCCUGCUAUAGUGCCCUGAGUCAUUUAUACUGACAUUUUAUUGCACAGACUGUACCUACUGAAGCCGCACGAUACAGAGCUGUAAACAGAAUGAUGGAAGAAGUGAGUGAUACAGUGACCAGUCAUCCAGAUGUGUACAGCGUGGAUCAGGACAGAGCGGCACGAGUGAUCCAGCAGGCUUUCCGUAGGCUUCUAGACAUGAAUGUUUUUAAAUAUUUUCGAAACCUCAUCAAUUUUAAAGGUCAGGGGGACCCAAGGCUUUUGCUUAAAUGCAUUAACCCCAGAGAGGCGGAACACAUUGAUGCAGCAGCUGGCGUACAUGUCCGCUUCAGACUAGGAGGAACAAAGUUCCCACCCAAUAUAUAUUACAAGCUGUUUACUCACAGGCCUAUUGUGGAUGUGUGUGCCAACAGCCCCAAGGAUUAUACCAAGCAAUCUGUGAAACAGCUGCUGCCAAAGCAAAUCCACAACCACUGCGACAUUCCAGAGCAGGACCGCAGCGGCUGGUACACCCGUGUGGAGAACAAUGGCUGGAGGCUGCUGACGCUAAGGGUCUGUGACAGUUUCGAUGACGUGACUGCGGCUGAUAGUAAUAAGAGGUUACAAUUCAACCACAGUAAACUGACGAGAAGACAGGAUGUACUAAAAAAACAGAAGCAGAGAAAGAUGGACUGGAUGAGAAAGAUGUAUUACGAGGGAAGUCUCCAUGCCCGGACUGCUGACCCAAACACUGCAAUCCUGGUGCAGCGGGCCACACAGGGCAUCAUACAGUCUGUAGAGAAACACGGAGCACAGGCUGUCCUGGACUGGGAAGUGGACGAACUGCUGAACUGGACUAAUGCCCUCAAUUAUGAAGAGUACAUUGACCAGUGGAAGGCAAUUGGGACAAGUAAAUCAUCCUGUGCAUUCAAAGGGACAACUUUUGUGCGUUCUCCAUAUGAUUUCUAUGAAUUCUCACAGCUGCCUCCGACGUCAUUGGAUUCCAGUGAGAAAGAGGAAGAAUAACAUCACAGUAUCACAGAUACAGGAACUGGAAUAAUUGAGGCCUGCCGCCAGCACAACAGGCGUUCUGCAUUACCUACAGAUCAAUCUUGACAUUACACACAACAGUAAAAUAGACAUUUCUGUCAUCCUUUCUCUUAAACUGCCACUUAUGUGUUGUGAUGCGUCCAACUGACCACAAGUGAGUAAAGUCAAUUUGAAAAUAUGACUCUACGUGAGUUCCUGAUAAAUCCAACGGGUUUUACACCAAUUUAACAAAGAAACACCAUUUACAUCUAUGUAGAUGAAACCACUUUGUAUUUGUAUAAAAGGCAGGAUGGUACCCAGAUUGAGUUUCAUUAUGAUGAAUUUACCAUGUCUGUCAAAGUAGUCUCAUCACCUAUACUACAUGGAAACAUUCCUUUCAUGGCCUGAACCAGUAUUUAUCUUAUUAAUGCAAUAGGAACUAGAGAAAAAUCCAACAUCAAAUUAAGCUCAAAUGUAAGAAAUCAUUAUAUACAGAUACACCAGGCACAUGGCUAAGCAUUCAGUGAACAGAGUUGGUGACCCCCAGAAUGAGCCUUUUUUACGGAGCAUCUUCGCCCUGUGUUCCUUUAAACUGGUAAAUGGGCAAUGCAUUUUCACAUGACAGUCUGGGCUGUUGGUUCGAGUGCAGACUAAGUAAAGGGAGACAGAGCAACACAAGCUGACCAGUUCCAAUGUCUUAGUAUUGCUCACCUAAUGGUAUCAAGUAAAGAAAUAAAUAAAAAAAAAACCUCGACCCAAAAUGGAUCUCAUUACUUACUAAUAUUACUUCAUAUGAAAAAAUUUAAUUAAAAUAACGGUCAAAGAAAAAAAGUACGUAACCAAGGGGGAGAUGUACUAAGCAGUGAUAAGAGUGGAGACGUGAGCCAGUGUAGAAGUUGUCCAUGGCAACCAAUCAAUUGCUCUGUAUACUUUUAGAGUAUGCUAAUUAUAAAUGUUACGUCCAUGUUGAUUGGCUGCCAUGGGCAACUUCUCCACUGGCUCACUUCUCCACUUUUAUCACUGCUAAGUAAAUCUUCCCCAAAGUAUUACUAUGUAUUGGUUGAUAGUCAAGGUUUGCGGAAUGUUCUGCACAUUUACAAGCAGACUUCUAAACAAUCUGAUUUGUACGCAAAAGGCUACAGUAUACAGUGCUAGUAAGUUACCAAACCUCCACCUAGCGCAAUUCUUACACCUGAUCUGAUUCAUAGAAGGAGCGAGUUAGAAUGUAAUAUACACAGCAAGGGUGAAAUCCUGAUGGCAGUGUGAGAACUCCAAAUAAAUAAACCAAACAUUAUAUUUA